UGCCUCCCGGGACAGGGCCGGACUCGGUGACGGUCCUAGAGACUCAGGGAGAGGGAGAGGGAGCCGCUCGGCGCCGCCAGCAGCAGCAGCUACAACAGCCGGCUGCCGGGGAUUUCCGAGACGGCGGAGAGCCCGGGCCAGCAGCGUGAUUUACAAGGGAGAGGUAAAUGCCAGGCAUGGCUACGACAGAAGUUACAGUGAAGACUCUGGACUCCCAGAGCAGAACCUACACAGUUGAAGAAGAGCUUACAGUCAAAGAAUUCAAAGAACACAUCUCCAGCUCUGUCAACAUCCCAGCUGACAAGCAGAGGCUCAUUUACCAGGGCCGAGUUCUGCAAGAUGACAAGAAACUUAAAGAUUAUGACGUCCACCACAAAGUCAUCCACUUGGUCGAGCGCGCGCCACCACAGGCACAGCCAGCGUCAGGAGGUCCUUCCUCGGCGGGCUCUUCCAUACCCCACCCGGGGGGCGGGCGAGGGACUUCAACUGGACCCCACGACAGGAAUGCCAACAGUUAUGUGAUGGUGGGCACCUUCAAUUUGCCAGUCAACCUUCUAGACCCUCAGCAGAUACAGCAAUCAGUGCAGCAGGUGAUGGCAGGUUUGGGUGAGGCUGGUCGGAAUACACGAGUCACAACUUCCACCGGGAGUGAGCCGAGAGUUCGCCUGGUACUGGCACAGCAUAUGCUGAGAGACAUUCAGGGGAUCUUGAACAGGCUGGAGGGUCAUACGAAUGGCACUCCGCAGGAGACAGCUGCUCAGAGCCCAGUGGGUGCCGUGGGCCUGUCGGCAGAAGCUGCAGCACCUGCCACACCGGUAGCAGGAGAAAGCAUGGAGACGUCCAAUUCAGAGCCUCCACCAGCAACGACGGCCCAGCCUCCAGAACCAGCAGCUGAGAGCGUCUCCCAUGAGAGCACAAGCACGUCAACAGCCACUGACCAUAAUGUGGGCUCCUCCUCAGCUACCACACAGACCGAAGAAGCUCCGCCCGGGCCCAACCACCCAUCCCCCACAGAGUACCUCGAGGUUCUGACUGAGCUCCAGAGGGUAGAAGCGAGACUGCAACCAUUUGUUCAGCGGUACCAGGAAAUCCUGAGCACGGCCACAACCGCGGAUUACAACAACAACACUGAAGGCAGAGAAGAAGACCAGAGGAUCAUCAACCUUGUCGGCGAAGCCCUUCGUUUCUUGGGCAACACCUUCGUGGCUCUGUCUGACCUCAGGUGCAACUUGGCAGCUAACACUCCCCGUCACCUCCAUGUGGUGAGGCCGAUGUCCCAUUACGCUUCACCUGUAGUGCUGCAGCAGGCUGUGCCCAUUCAGCAGAUCAAUGUCGGAACGACAGUCACCAUGACGACCAACGGCAACCGGACACAGCACACGGCUGAGGGUCAGGCAGCGGCCUCCCCCACUGCCAAUGCCACUCCUGCUGCCCAGUCACAGGGCCCGGAGUCACGGGAAGCGCCGGAGACUCAGGGCUCGCAGGCUCAGACCCAGACUCCACAUCCCCGGGUCAUUCGCAUUACACAUCAAACCAUGGAACCCGUUGUCAUGAUGCAGAUGAAUCUUCAAGGAGAUUCUGCUACACCAGGGAAUGCUUCUGCAACUGCUUCAUCAACAACAGGAAAUUCUGGUCCAGGUGCCAUGCCUCACAUUCAGGUCCCGGGAAUAACACCUGAAUUCAUGCAGACUAUCAUGCACCAGAUUACCCAGCAGGCUAUGGCAGCAGCUAGCGCGGGCUCAGCAGGGCAGCAGGUUCCUGGGUUUCAGCCUUCACCUGCCCGAGUGGUGAUUACCCGGCCUCCACCCCCUCCUCCACGGCAGACCCAGUCAGCAUCAGGACCACAACCUGGCCCACAGGUUCCUCCUGGCUCUACUCCUGCCCCUGAUCCUGGCACUGGCCCCAGUCCCACCCCGGGUCCUGCCACUCUUGCUCAGAUGAUCACCGGACUGGUAGGGCAACUUCUGAUGCAGCCCGUCGUCUUUGCCCAGCCCCCGACCAGUGACAGUGGCUCCUCGGCAGCUACCGGCACCAGCACCACAGCCGCCUCGUCCACCACCACGUCAGCCACGGCCGGCCAAGCCCCCACCUCCACCACCAACUCGACCGGGACCACCGCCUCGGCCACGGCGGACGGUGGCGGCCAGCCGCAGCAGCAGCAGCAGCACCCGGCUCCCCCCGACGUCCAGUUCUCACAGCUCCUCGGCAACCUGUUGGGGGCAGCGGGCACCGGCGGCGUGGGCUCGCCGACCAUCACUGUCACCUUGCCGGGGAUGCCGGCUUUCGUCCAGGGCAUGACCGAGUUCCUGCAGGCGGCGCAGGGAGCUGUGACGGUUCCCCAGGCGGCCCCAGCAGCCUCCCAGCCGACGGCUCAGGGGGCUCCCACUGCCCCCGCUACUCCUCAGUCGCAGCCGCAGCCGGGUCAGGACCGGGCCGGUGGCAGGCAGCAGCAGCAGCAGCAGCAGGCGGGAGCGGACACCCUGACUCCGGAGUUCUUCACCAGCGUGGUGCAGGGGGUGCUCUCCUCCAUGAUGGGCUCGCUCAACGCGCAGCAGGGCAGCACCGAGAGCAUCGCUGACUUCAUCCAGCGGCUGAGCGGCACCAGCAACAUCUUCGAGCCGGGAGCAGACGGCGCUCUCGGGUUCUUCGGAGACCUGCUGUCCCUGAUUUGCCAGAACUUCUCCAUGGUGGACAUGAUCAUGUUGCUGCACGGCCAGUUCCAGCCCCUGCAACGCAUCCAACCUCAGCUCAACAGCUUCUUCCGGGAGCAGUACCUCAACAACCAGGAGCCAACAGAACAGAACAUCCGGGCAUCAACAGACGUCUUGAUAAAUGGUCUGGAGGAGUACAUCCGAGAAAGUUUUGCGUCUGUGGUUGCGCGAGAUGAAGUAGACAUCACCAGUACAAAUUUGGAAUUCUUGAGGGAGCAGUUCAAUCGGAUUGCUACGCACAUCCUCCAGUGCACGGACGCUAGUUUUGGUCACCGACUUCUGGAGCUGUGUAAUCAGGCUCUGUUUGAGUGCUUAGCGCUGAACCUCUACAGUCUACGAGGAGAGCAGAGUGCGUUGACUACAGUCAUCAAUGAUCGGAUUCGGCGUAUGUCAGUGGAUGUUAACCCCUCGCUGGUGAACUGGCUGACCACUAUGAUGGCAAUGAGGCUACAAGUGAUCAUGGAGCACAUGCCAGUGACAGAGGAGCAGAUUCUGCAGUACGUCAGGAGGAGGCAACCUUCGGCCCAGGAGCCAGAAACACAGCAGAACAUGUCUGAGGACCGUGUGGAGAAACAUCCAACAGAGUCUGAAGAGGCUGUGCAGGAAGCACCCCAGAGGAAGGACUCGACUGCGUCUCCUGCUCCCGCCACCACUGCAGAGGAGGUGAUGUCAACAGAGCCUGCCGUAUCGAUGGGAGCGGACGCUGCGCAGAGGGAAGGCUCCGAGGCAGAGCCCUGGGUAGCCGCUGUGCCGCCAGAGUGGGUGCCCGUAAUCCGACAGGACAUCCAGAACCAGAGGAAGAUGAAGCCACAGCCUCCUCUCAGUGAUGCCUACCUCAGCGGCAUGCCAGCUAAACGGCGUAAGACGAUGCAGGGCGAAGGGCCACAGCUCUCUCUGGCGGAUGCCGUGGGUAAAGCUGCCAAAGCGGUCGGUGUCAAGCCGGUCACCAGCGUGGAGAGUCUGGCUCGGGACCUGGAGAAAACAGAGGCCCAAGAAGCCUACAGGCAACAGAUCCAGUCCGACAUCCAGAAGAGGAUAAGGGAAGACCCGGAAUACAGCGCAGAGAGAUUUCCAAACACACACACUGCCUUUGAAGAGCCCUCAUAGUGCAGCCUCCGUUCUCUCCCCAAACCCCCACCGUCGUCUGGACUUGUCCAGUUUCUGACCAGGGAGUGAGUGCAAGGUUCCCAUGUUGUGUGGUCCCCAUCGUGAGUCCACUCACUGUCCACACACUGUUCAAUUAUUCUCCUCCCACCGCGGAACUCCGCGUUGCACUCUUUUUUUUUGUUGUUUGUUCUUAAUCUUGAAUAAAGUACAACAGCUCUGUGCUGCAGUGAAACCUGA